AAACAUACAAAAAAAUCCGUCAUAUGGUACCUGUUGUCUCGACUGUACAGAUCAUUAAACUUCACACGCAGGACAAGGUUGAUUUGUGAAAAAGAAGAACAGACAAACAUCGGAUUAAUAAUUCAACUUUCAAAUUACAAUUUCAAAUCCGCUCAAACGCGACUUAAAGUUAUCAUAAAUAGUUCUUACUUUCGUUCGGUAGUUCGCGUCAUAAUAUUACCUACUUGGAAAAUGUCUAACGUGCGUGAUUUUUAUAAAAAUGAGCACGUUCUUAUUACCGGAGGCACUGGAUUCUUGGGAAAACUGCUGAUCAGUAAGUUACUCAUUAGUUGUCCUGAAAUCAAGAAAAUCACCUUGUUGAUUCGUAAAAAAGGUGGCAACGAGGUGAAUGCCAGAUUGAAAACAUUAUUUGACGAUGUGAUAUUUGACGAGUUGAAGAAACAAGUCCCCGAAUUUCAAGAAAAAAUCGAAUUAGUCGAAGGAGAUUGCGAACAAAAACACUUGGGAUUGUCGCAAAUGGAUCGGUUUCAGAUCACGCAAAAUGUAUCCAUUGUGUUUUACUGCGCUGCCAAUGUGGAAUUUACCAAUGAUCUGAAGAGUGAAGUGAUUGCAAAUGUGUAUGGUGCUACUGAGGUCCUGCAUUUGAUUAAAUAUGUCAGGAAUUUGAAGGUGUUUAUUUAUGUCUCGUCGUCGUUUUCCAAUUGCCAUCUACCUGUGGUUGAAGAAAAAUUCUACGAGCCAAAUAUACAUUAUAAGACACUUUUGAAAUUGACCGAGACUGAUUUUUUGAACAACAGUGAACAAUACAUACUGGGAAAUAUACCUUCGACAUAUUUUUAUUCCAAAGCUGCUGCCGAACAGGCAAUCCGAGAAGAAGGCUCAGGGCUACCUAUUGCUGUAUUUAGACCAUCUGCGAUACUUUCAACAUGGAAGGAACCUGUUAAAGGAUGGACAGAUAAAGCUUUUGCUCCAACAGCUGUGAUGAAAUCUAUAGCUCUGGGUCAGGUAUCAGCGAUUCUUGCUUCGGACGAUGUGAUAAUCGAUAUGGUACCCGGGGACUUCACAGCGAACGCUUUGAUUGCUAUUGCAUGGGAUGUACACAAUAGAUACAUCAACAAUCGUUUAGACGAACCCAGAGUGUACAAUUACAUCUCCAUGAUGGAUAAUCCUCUGAAAUUUAAAUCGUUUACGCAACAAAUUUACAAAAUGGUGCAUCAGAAACCGAGCGAAAAAGCUACAUGGUAUCCGGUUCUGACGAUUCAAAAUACACGAUUUGAGAACCGAUUUGCUUCUGUGUUCCGGCCAUGGUUGAUGUCAUUUGCUCUGCAAUGUUGGGGUCGCAUUUUGGGGUAUAAGAAGUUGGAUUUACUGAAACAUUGUCGACUAUAUGAAAAACUGAUGGAUCUCGUGGAUAGCUUCAUACAACGUCCUCACAUAUAUCUGAACGAUAACGUCCAAGAAUUAUGGCAAAGCUUGGACGAAACGGACCAACAAACGUUUCCUUUCCAUAUGAAAUUAAUCAACUGGGAAACGUAUUUAAAAGUAUAUUACGACGGUAUACUAAAAUACCUAAUUAGGGAAACCAAUCGAAACGAAGACAAUGCUCAUAAGCAUUACAUGAAAUUGCAAACAUUACACAGUAUUCUCAAAGUGUUCCUGUAUUCAAUGGCGGGUGUUUUGGCUUGUUUAGUAUUUUUUUAUAUCUUUUGGUAGGUAGGUAGGUAGUUGAUGUCAGUAAGUAUUUGUGUAUGAUUUAAAAUAAACUUCAGAGCUUUUAA